AUGGAGAACAAGGUGUCCCAGCGGCGCCGGAUCUCCCAAUUGCCGGCGCAGGCACAGCAUAGCCGUUGGACUCGGGCACGGUUGUGGCUGCUACCUGUUGUGCGCCACAAGUACUUUAACCUGCUCGCCGCCAUUCUGAUCCUGUCCAACGCUCUGUUCAUGGGCGUGGAGACGUCCUGGAUCACUUGCUCCGGUGAUGUUGAAGGGAUCGGAUGGUAUGUUGCCAAUGUUUGUUUCACCCAGCUUUUCCUUGUGGAGCUGCUUCUUCGAUGGUUUGUAGAAGGCCUUCCGUUCUGGUGCGAUCCGUGGAACAUAUUUGAUGCGCUCUUAGUGCUCUUCUCGCUCUUUGAUGAUUUCGUUCUGGCCUUCUUGCUGUCGGACACGUCCCAGUCGCAAAAUCUGAAAGUGGUCUUUAGAAUCGCCCGGAUGAUACGGUUUGUGCGGGUCCUGCGACUCCUCAGACUGUUCAAGGGCCUCUGGUACCUUGUGGAGGGCAUUGUGGCAUCGCUGAGUUCACUUGCUUGGGCCUGGCUACUCCUCAUCGUCAUGAUGUACCUCCCGGCCAUCUUCGUCACGCAGACAUUUGGGAAAGAUGUCAAUGCUGAUGCGAAAACUCUAGAGUACUUUGGCUCUCUUCCGCAGAGCAUGUACACGCUCUUCAAGGUUAUGACAAUGGAGACGUGGGCUACAAUCGCCCGGCAUACAGCAUCCCGAUAUCCGGGUGCUGAGAUCUUCUUUGUGCUCUACAUCUUCUGCACUAGUCUUGCCGUCAUGAAUGUUGUGGUUGCGGUGAUUGUACAGAACACCUGUGUCCACGCAAAAGAGCGGCAGGAGGAUAUGCGGUCAGUUCAGGAAAAGAAGGAUGCCAGCGCCAUGCUCAAGAUUCUCGAGGUCUUCCAGACUGCGGACAGGCAGAACACUGGCCAGAUCACAAAGAAGGAGUUCCUGGAAGCCAUGGAAAUUCCUUCUGUCAUGCAGUUGAUGCACGAGGUGCAAAUCGACGUGCGACAGGUGGAGACCUUGUUUGACGUGCUGGACUACAACAGCUCAGGCACCCUGGACUCGGAGGAGUUUGUGGAGGGCAUCAUGCUGGCGCGGGGCGAGGCGAGAAGCCGCGAGGUGAUUGCUGCCCAGUGCGACCUUUGGAAGGAUGAGCAUGAUACCAUCAAGACGCUAGAGCAGCUCGAAGACGAGAUUGGCGAAGCGUUCGAUGGUAUGAACAAGCUCAUCGAGACUUUUCAUGCAGACUUGCUACUGGCACGCGGUGAAAGUUUGCAAAGUUUGCACGAGUCGGAUCACGUCGUCACUGGUAGCGAUCAUUAG